AAACGUCACUUCCUCUUUCAAUAUGGCGGCUCAACCGGAUAAUUUUAGCUGAGGCGUUUGGUGCAGGUUAAUGAAUUGUCGUUUGGAAAGGCAGUGUGUUAGCUAUGCUGAUAAAAAUUAUACGACGAGCGCCACUGGUGUCUCUUUUUCGAUUUUACUCAGAACUGACGGCAGUGCCAAACGCUCUAUCUGACGACUCUGAAGUGGAAAGCUUGUGUUCUCGUCAUCCAGAGCUCAGAGGGUGGAACUCAAGUCAACUUCGUGCCGCACUCAAAGGCGCUAAACUUCGUGACAUUUCAACCGCUCACAUAGUGCAACACCCCUGGCUGCUUGCCGAACAGAGCGUCGAGCGUAAGCUACACCUCAUCGGGGAGAGCACGUCGUGGAGACCGACAGAGGAAUCUCUAGCCGUACUGGCCCUGCCGGAGACACUUGUGGCGUACGUGGCGCGGCGGUUGGGACCGAAGCCGUGGAAACACGUAGCCGAGCGAGCCCAGUUUCUCUCUGAAGAGCUGGCUGUCUCGUAUGGUCAGGUCUUGUCGCUUUUCCGCCGCCACCUUUGUCUCUUAACGCAGGAUACGGGACGACUUAAACGUGUGUUGUCACUGUUGCGCGAAGGACAAGUACCUCCAGAUGCUAUUCUGCGAGACCUGUGGGUAUUUCGUCACAAUGAAACCUUGAUGGAAAGUCGUCUGAAACGGGCUCUGAAAGUAGGCUUGUUGCCAGUGAGACCGUGGAUGCUACGCUGUCCCGAGGAAACUUUCGAAGCACAUUUAAGACGUUGGGAGGCACGUGCAGACGUCCUUUGGCCACAUGCAGACACAAUCACAUAUUUAGCGGAACGGCUCGACUGUAGUCGCAGUCAUGUACGCUUUCUCGCACAAAAGAACCCACGUCUCCUCACAAUCAAUGCCCCUAAGCUACAACAACUCUUAGAUUUCUUAUUUGCAAAUGGUUACGGCCCUGUCCAGGUGAGCCUCUUCCCACGAGUGCUUAGCUGUAGCCUGGAACGUCUGCACAGAAGGAUCGCACUUUUGAAGGACUAUGGUAUCCAGCAGCCCCCCUUGCACAUGAUGGCUGCCACGGAGAAGGAGUUUGAACGUGCCUGCAGACGUAUCAUGCGAGUUCCAAAGUGCUAAGAAGAUUUUGUCCUGAUGUGGUAAUGUAUGAUGAUGGUAUAGGAGGACAAUAAAAGGAGGUAAAGUACGAGAAGCAUG